AUGUAAUAAGAAAAAUAUCAUCAAUAAAUAACAAGUACAAUCUUAAUGGUACUUCCAACCGAUUUUGACUACAAUGAGUAAACUGCAGUAGACAACGAAUUUAUGUCUAAAUAUUCUGAAGAACAAAUAUCUUACUAAAUCUGUCAAAAAGCGAUAUAAGAAUUUGAAGAAGCUGUAAAAAAAUUAAGGCAAAACGACAUAAACGUAUUAGUAUUUGAUAAGAGAAAUAUUUUAGAGUUAAAAAACACUAUAAUGCCCGAUGCUGUAUUCCCAAAUAACUGGAUAAGUACUGAGCCUACUGGAUAGUCUUUAGAGGGUACAGGAGCAAUAAUUAUAGAUAGAAUAUAUAGAAGAGCUUAUGCGGCCAGAAGCUAAAGGGCUGAUGAGGAGUUAUUCAAGAAUUGGUGUUAAACUUUCAAUUAUGAGGCUGUUAUGUUCGAUGCUAAAAGCUUUUAGGGAAAUCCAAUUUAUCAUACUAAUAUUAUAAUGAGUUUAGGAGAGAAAUAUGCGGUUGUAUGUAAAGAAUGUAUUAAUUAUGGAUAGGUGGAGGAAGUUUUGAGAAAAAUGGGAGAAGGAAGAGAAUUGAUUUUUAUUAGUAUUAAUUAAAUGGAAUAAGGAUUAUGUGGAAAUAUAUUAUAGGUUAAAUCUUAUAUUAAUGAAAAUAGAUAUUUAGUUAUGUCGAAGUUAGCUAAUGAGAAUUUUACUAUAGAAUAAAGGAAGAUUUUAGAAAAGAAUGGAAAAAUUGUUGCAAUUGAUAUCCCUACUAUUGAGAAAAUCGGAGGAGGGAGUGCUAGAUGUAUGUUAGCUGAAAUAUUUUUGGAUUAAAAGAUUUGA